AUGGCGCCGAAUCGCGGCGAAGACGAUGUAGAACGUUCCAUGAUCGAACAUGCACGGCGUCCCUCAGAAGCUUACGUUAACCUGCAUGCAAAUGUUGAAGCCAAAAUCAAGAACCCUCUUUGGGGACUUCCUCGAGCAAGACUCUUAGCUGAUGUAGAUGACUUCUGCCGUAAAAAAGACCUUGACCAUUAUCGCCCUCUCAUUCGUAAGGGUGCUCUUGUCGCACAGGACCCUACCGGCUAUGAGGAUAUCGAAGGAGACGAAAAGCUUAACGACGAAGAGAUUCAAGCACUGAGAGACGAGAUUCUUCAUAAGUGGCGAGUCCCAUUUGUUCUGUACUUGACCGUUGCAACAUGCUCUAUCGGUGCUGCCGUACAAGGUUGGGAUCAGACAGGUUCAAACGGCGCCAAUCUCGAGUUUCCUUAUGCUUUUGGCAUCGGCAGUGACAGUAUACAUGACAAAUUACUCGUCGGUCUCGUUAACUCAGCUCCAUAUAUCGGAACAGCUCUCUUUGGUUGUUGGCUUUCGGAUCCCCUGAACUCACGUUUUGGACGUCGCGGCACUAUAUUUUUCUCGGCAAACUUUUGUCUUUGGCCUGUCCUUGGAAGUGCUUUCUGUGAUAAUUGGAGGCAGCUUUUUGCAUGUCGUAUACUCCUUGGUAUUGGAAUGGGUACCAAAGCCUCGACAGUUCCCAUCUUUGCUGCCGAAAACUCACCUGCCCCGAUCAGAGGUGCCUUUGUCAUGAGUUGGCAGAUGUGGACGGCCUUUGGUAUCUUCCUCGGAACCUGUGCAAACGUCGCCGUUACGAAAAUCGGCCACAAUGCAUGGAGAUACCAAUUGGGUUCGGCCUUUAUACCAGCCGUGCCUUUGAUGCUCCUAAUUUACCUUUGCCCAGAAUCCCCGCGUUGGUACAUGAAGAAAAACCGUUACGGCGAUGCGAUGAAGUCCCUACUACGAUUACGAAACCAUCCGAUACAAGCCGCCCGCGAUUUAUACUAUAUUCAUGCGCAACUUGAAGUUGAGCUCGAGUUUAUCGGCCAAGGAAACUAUGCGAAACGAUUCAUCGAACUCUUUACGAUACCCCGUGUGCGUCGCGCCACGUUGGCUUCAUUUGUUGUGAUGAUUGCCCAACAGAUGUGUGGAAUUAACAUCAUUGCCUUCUAUUCCACAAGUGUCUUCCGAGACGCAGGAGCCAGUGAUAACCAGGCUCUGUUGGCGUCGAUGGGCUUUGGACUGGUAAAUUUCGUCUUUGCCUGGCCUGCAAUCUGGACGAUAGAUACCUUUGGUCGACGAUCUUUGUUGCUCUUCACAUUCCCCCAGAUGGCAUGGACAUUGCUUGCAGCAGGUCUUUGUACCUUGAUUCCGGGCACGGGCGGACUCCAUAUGGCACUGGUGGCCCUCUUUGUAUACCUCUUUGCGGCCUUUUACUCACCUGGAGAGGGACCUGUGCCUUUCACAUAUUCAGCAGAAGUGUUUCCCUUGUCACAUCGUGAAGUGGGCAUGUCAUGGGCUGUAGCAACAUGUCUGUUCUGGGCUGCUGUGCUGUCCAUCACUUUCCCUUUGAUUUUGGCCAGGCUGCAUGCCAUUGGAGCUUUCGGGAUGUAUGCGGGCUUCAACAUUGUUGCUUUGUUCAUGAUUUUCUUGUUCUUACCUGAGACAAAGCAGCGUACGCUGGAGGAGCUUGAUUACAUCUUUGCAGUGCCAACACGAGUCUUUGUGAGAUACCAAGUUACUCAAGUCCUUCCCUGGUGGGUCAGGAGAUGGAUCUUAUUCCAGCGAGAGGCCAGGUUGGAUCCCUUAUACCAGUUCGAUACUGUUGGAGAGCCGGAAGACAGCCACGGCAGCGAUUUUGGAUAUGAGAACGACAAAGCAAAAGUCGAGCUGAAAGACAACAUUGGACUUACGUCAGGAGUUCAGACGACAAGAUGA